UCAACUUCUCGGAAGAACUUCAGUGACAUGCUCUUCAGGAUUCUGCUUCUCUCGUUCUUGCAUUGCCAUUCACUACCCAAGUGUUAUCGCUGUGCCUUUAUCUCGGAGCUGUAUUGUGGGAUCUCUUGAUUGAGAAUCCUUCGAGCUCUGCCUUUGGCUACUACUGUAUUGCCUAUCGCACUCUUUCAUUCCUCGAUUGAACUUGGGCAGGAUACCAAAUCGAGACUAUCGACUUAUUGCAAUCACUUAAUCUGGACAGGCUCCUUUGGCUUGAAACCAACAGCUUCCGACAUACGCAAAUGGAGUGAUUUUGUAUUUUCAAGAACGCCGCUAAACCAUGCAUCGUCGUUGGUUAUCCUUGCCCUUGCUAUCCAGCUGCGUUUCAGCAUUCUAUCCCUACCAUGCUGGCGAUGGAGGAAAUGAGAACAGCAAAAGGUUUAUUGCUCUGGGCCUGGAGCCUCCGCACGACGAUGACUCGGGUGUGGUAACCAUGGACAUCAAGAAAGCAAUGGUGAAAAGAAAUAAUGUGUUCCCGGUCACCAACUCGUCGGCUCCUAACGUCCCCAACGCCAUGGCAAUCAACGAAGACGGCGCCGACUACACCUACUUCUCCACCGUGAAAUUUGGGUCCAAGGGUCAAGAGAUGUAUAUGUUGAUCGAUAGCGGCUCGGCUAAUACCUGGGUUAUGGGCUCAAAUUGCAAAUCCAAUGCCUGUCAAAUACACAAUACGUACGGCAGUGAGGAUUCGAGCACGCUCCAGACAACCACUCAAACUUGGAGUAUGACUUAUGGCACUGGAGAAGUGGAGGGGGUGGUGGUCAAAGACACGGUGCAGUUGGCCAACUACACUGUUGAGCUGGGUUUCGGCCUCGCCUCCUCAGCGUCAGAUGAUUUCAACAAUUAUCCCAUGGACGGCAUCUUGGGACUUGGACGACCCGCCUCGGACGCGCUGGGCUCGCCGACGAUCAUGCAGGUGUUAAACGACAAGGGGCAUUUGUCGUCCAAUGUGCUGGGCAUCCACCUACAGCGAAGCUCGGACGGGACGAAUGAUGGACAGAUCACCUUUGGUGGGAUUGACUCGUCCAAAUUCAACGGCAAACUGUCGUAUUCCAAAACAAUCAACAGCGACAGCUGGCAGAUCGCCGCGGGCGAUGCGGGCGUCGAUGGCAAGUCAGUGGGCUUCCAAUCCAAAACCGCCAUGAUCGACACUGGGACAUCAUACAUCUUGCUGCCUCCCGCGGACGCCGAUGCUCUGCAUCAGCUGAUUCCUGGCAGUUCUGCCAACGGCGAAACCUACACGAUACCUUGUUCCUCUUCGGCCAAUGUCUAUUUCACGAUAUCCGGUCUGAAGUACUCAGUGUCUCCCAAGGACUAUGUCGGCAAGCAAAGCGGCAGCAGUGGAAGUUGCCAGAGUAAUAUAAUCGGCCAUCAGGCGUUUGGGCCGAAUGACUGGAUCUUGGGUGAUGUGUUUCUCAAAAAUGUCUACACGGUCUUGGACUUUGACAAUGCGAGAAUCGGCUUUGGCUCGAAAUCAGGAGCGGUUCCUGCCAGUGACAACACUGCGACCACCUCCGGCUCGACGCCGUCCGCAACAAGCAGCGCUCACUCGUCGGGUCCGUCAGCAUCGACCACGACACCUGCAGCGACCUCUGGCGCCGCCACUUCUUCGAAACCCCAAACGACCAUCUCGACCUCGGUGACGUCAAAAUCAAACUCUGCCUCAUCUACGAGCGGUGCCAAUGGGCCAGCGACUUCGUCUACAGGAGCAGGCGACAGCAGCCCCUUUGGAGAAUCAAGCGACUCGGGAUCUUCCUCCUCUUCAUCUUCAUCAUCGUCCUCCUCCGCUGCCGCCGCCGCCACGGACAGGAGGUUCAGCCUUUUAAUGCCGUUGAUGGCCUUAGCAUUCAUGGUGGGAUUCAUUUUAUAAUCAAGAUUCCCCCCUUUUUAUUGUUUGGUUCAUGUCACCCCUCCAGGUUUGACGAGAGGGAGGAACAGAACCAGGAAAACGAAAGCAGCGACCCUUUUUGUUUGCAUGCAUAGCAGAUUCCAGCAUCCACAGAGAAAUGUGUGGAUAGAGAGAGCACAUUGUACAGCCAUUUUUAGUCUAUUGUUUAGUUUCUAGAGCUCGAAGCGAAAAGAUAGGCCUCCAGUCCUACUGUAGAGAAAAAAAAAUCCCAAUUGUGGUUUUUGCCUCAAA